AUGUCCCACUUCCAACCCCCAGCCGAGAACCAGCACGGCUAUUUCAAGUCCCUUUGGGUGGUAGAGGCCCUCCUAUGCAGCGCAGCGUCCCGUGGAUUCCCAGUCACCAUCACACGCGCUUCGGCCAUGACCAACCUACGGUACGGUAGCUUGACGAGCACCGGCGAUGAGUUUGCGCUUCGCAUAAUACUCGCGAUGGUCGACUCUGGCAUGAUCCCGACCGCCCGCAAGAUGGCACAAGGCGCUAUCAAGAGCUCUUCACGACCGGCACCCACGGGCAAGCCCAAGCAGACGACCAAGAAACAAUCCAAGGUCAACAAGCCCCAAAAGGCCAAGGCCAACUCGGCCGCCGACAAGUUGCAGAAGAAGUACUGCGCCGGCCUCAUCACCAAGACGGAAAAGAUGCUGGGUGAGCGUGCCGGUCAUCUCGAAUUGAUCGGCAAAGGCAAGAAGGCCGACAAGAGCGAGAAGGGUCUGAACAAGGGCGGCAGCCGUCGUUACGGCUGA